GACUGAUUUCGAAGGAGCUGAAAACUGCGGGGAAUACUGCAGUUCCUGUUCAAGGCCCGUAAUCGCGUAGACAGUUCUCGCGUUUACAGCUAGUAGUAGGGAUGACCAGUAUCGAAUCACCGAGGAAAAUGGUGCAAGUGGUCGCACCCUGCACGAUGCAAGCUGGGUACACAUUCAUGACCCAGUACGGCGAUGCUGUCAUUCCGGUGACUGUGCCGCCAGGCGGAGUACAAGAAGGACAAUUAUUUACGAUUCCGUUCCCAUCCAAAGGAGAUUUGUCUUCGGAAAUCACUCCAUUUAUUCUCAAUCACAGUGUCGCCGACGAAGACAGCCAGCUCGGGAAAUGGACCGACUCCUUGUUUGACUGCUUCCGAUACGGUCCUUGUCACGUGCACCUUUUAAACGCCGUCUUUUGUCCCCAGUUGCUCAUGGCGCAGAUUUUGACAAGACUUAAGAUGAACUGGCUAGGAGAACGGUCCCCGGACAAUGAAUGGCAACAAACGUUCCGGGUAGUUUUGCUUAUGACCUUGUCUUACUGGACCGUGUAUGCGCUACUUGCCCCACCGUCACCCAUCUGGAUACAGGAUGAGCAGGGUCGGAUAGUCCGAUUACCCAAUCAACAACAAGUACCAGCUUUGCAAGUGAUUCUUUACAAUCUACUAUCUUUGCUUUUUGGUUUGUAUACUUUGAUUGUUUUGACCAAGCUAAGACGCAUAAUCCGCCUUCGCUACGAGAUUCCCGUCCAAUUUCCUCGAUUGGGUCCGUGGGAAGACUUUUGUUGCGCGUUUUGGUGCGGUUGUUGUUCGGUCGCACAAAUGGCUCGGCAAACCUGUGAAUACGACCAACAGUCGUCCGCCUGCUGUUCCCCGACCGGGUUCGGAACGUCUCUGCACCAUCCCAUCUUGGUGGUAUAAGGCGGCGAGGCGUGUGCCGUCGGUACCGGAAAGACUCGCGGACAGGAUGAGUCGAACUUUCCUGUCCUGGCGAACCUUGCGGAAUGGUUCUUGUUGCGACUGGAUGUGUGUGUAUAUGUAUAGAAUUUAGAGAAACGC